AUGAAUGCUGAUUUUCCUCAUUUUCUGUUCUUCAGAAUCCAAGUGAAUGAUCUAAUUGUGGAGGUUGAUGGCAUCAGUCUAGUUGGUGUGACCCAGAGCUUUGCAGCUUCAGUCCUUCGAAACACGAAAGGCACUGUCAGGUUUUUGAUUGGACGGGAGAAACCUGGAGAAACCAGUGAAGUAGCUCAGCUGAUUCGUCAAACCCUAGAACAGGAGCGAUGGCAGAGGGAAAUGAUGGAACAACAUUACGGGCAAUACGUUGAUGAUGAUGAGGAGACAGGAGAAUAUGCGACCGAUGAAGAGGAGGAAGAGAUGAGCCCUAUGUUCGUUAACAAUGACAUGGCAAUUGAAGUUUUUGAUCUAGCCGAGAAUGAAGAUAUGCUUUCACCGGUGGAAAUGGAUCCUGAAAAGCUGGUGCAUAAAUUUAAGGAGCUUCAAAUAAAGCACGCUGUAACUGAAGCAGAGAUUCAGCAGCUGAAAAGAAAGCUUCAUUCAACAGAACAGGAAAAAAUGCGUUGGCGAAUGGAAAAGGCCCAGUUGGAGCAGAGUGUUGAGGAAAACAAGGAACGUAUGGAGAAGCUAGAGAGUUACUGGAUGGAGGCCCAAACUCUUUGUCAAGCUGUGGAUGAACAUUUGAAAGAGACACAGGCUCAGUACCAGGCCUUAGAGAGAAAGUACAGCAAAGCAAAACGCUUGAUCAAGGAAUACCAGCAGAAGGAAAUAGAAUUUCUGAAAAAGGAAACAGCUCAAAGGAGAACUUUAGAAGAAACUGAAAACUCACAUAAAGAAGAGAUUGAGAAACUUAAGAGCAAGGUUACGGAACUGGAGACAAGUCUAGAGUCAAUGAAAAAUUCCAAUGCAAUUUAGACGUGAAGAUCUCUUUCCAUCACCUUUACUUAAAAUAAAACCUUCAUGUCAGAGCAACAGGCCUUGGAAAAUUGACAUUUUCCUGUUUGUUUUCCUCUGGAAGGUUUGUAUGAGUUGCAUUCAGUGCAAAGGAUUGUGUUUAUGGGAAGUUUUGCAUUGUUGUCUUACAUAAAACAAUUUGCCAAGUCACUUUCAAACAGAUGGCCAAAUCAGAGCUGCUCAGUGAAGUGGUAAAGGGCAGCAAUGAACUGGUCUGCACUAAGAUUGGACUUGCUCCUCCAGCCACAGAACUAGGACUGUCCCAUUCAGUUUAUUUAGUUUAUACAAAAACAAUCAAAAGGUUCUAACAAACGAAUGUUCAUUGAGGGCAUCAUCAAUACAAAGGUAAAUUGCAAUGUUGCUGUUCGUUCUAAGUCUUUGGUGAACUAUUACUUUAAGAAUAAAAAGAGGUGUCACUUGUCCUUAUGUCAUGAGUGAGAAUGCACAAGUUUUUUAAUGUCUGAACUCAAAGGCAGGUUCAAUCAAUGGUGUAUUUUUUUUCUUGUUAUGUGUGAUUUACUUUUGCAAAUUAAUGUAAGCCAUACUUAUUUUAUCUAUUUGUUUUGUUCUGUUCUGUAUUGGAAAGCAUUAUAUUACUAAUGAUAUUGUCACCUCAGUGGAUGGUUCAUUUUAUAUCUGCAUAGUGUGACGGUACCAGUAUCAGUCGUAACAAACUUUGUUAUUAGACAUAUAAUUUUAAAAUAAGAUAAACCAAAUUUCAUUACUUUGUUACUGAACAAGUGAGUAUGAAUUGGAAUUAAAACUUGUAUAUUAAACUGGGAAUGUAAGGUUGAAUAGUGGUUGCUGUAAUGGACUAAUGAAGUAGAUGGUUGCUCAGUUAAAGAUAUUGAAAAUAUUUCAUUUGUGGUAUUUGGCUGUUUUUUUUAAACUGUAUCUGCUUCCUUAUUCCAUGCUUCUCUUGGAUCUACCAAGCCUUAUCAUUCAUCCCUAUUGUUAUUCAUUGUGCCAUAUUUGGUAGAUCUUUUCAAUAUUGACAUUACAUAUGUACAGAAAUGAAGAUGAGUGUUUGUGUAGAUGUAUAGCUGAAAUCCAUGUAAUUUGUAGUAUAAGAUGUAAGAAUACGAAAGAACAGUGCUGCACUGUUUUAAAAAAAAAAGUAUGUUACAUGGCAAGAUUGGUUUCUAGAGCUGUGUAUUACAGAAGCGAAGGAGUCUGACAUUGUAAUUGAAUGAUUUCUCCAUAGGGUGAAGGAUGGUAGUGCAAGGAAUAUAUAGACAUAUAUGAAUCCAUUUUAGCAUUUAUUUUUUAGAACCCUUAAUUUGCUCUACCCACCUGUCAUCACAGAUGUAUCCCUUGGCAAAAGCCAAUUUCUGACUUUUCCUGUAAAUUCUCAAUGGCUGUGUCCAUUUGUUUACCAAUUCCAAAUGAGGUGGGACUGAAACAGAUGGCUUGAGUCAUGUGAACAGAGAGCGCAUGUCUCUUCAGAGAAUCUAAUAAGACUUAAAUGUGUGAAAGCGUAUGCAGUCCUGUUUCCUGCUUGUUACCAUGCCAACAAGUAUAAAAAUAUAUGUACACACGAUAGUUAAUUUCACACUGGAAUAUGUACAAAUGGUAUGGUAUGGAGGUAAUUAUUGCAGUUUGUAUGGAACAUUGUUCCAUUUGUACAGCUGCUAUCCUUAUCCAAAAUGUUUAAUAAAUGAGUACCAUUCUAUCCAUUACCAGCAUGUCCUGUCCCAGUCUCAGUACCAGCUACUGGGAGAGGCUGGAUAUUCAGCUUGGCCAAGCCUCCAAAUAUGUAGGCUGUCCAUUCUGCAUCUGACAUCCAGAUACUAUUUAUAUAUUGUUGGCAUCACAACCAGAUGAGUUACCCAACAAGUACUGUGCAUUGUUCAGUCUCAUAUUAAUUAUUGACAAUAAAACUGAUGAGUUCCUCCAGAAGAACCCUCGGAGAUCAAUCUCUUUGGACUCAUCUGCAUGCCACACUUGUUCUUUUUGUAGCAUGAGGCGGCAUCACUGAAUGCAGCAACACUAGGAAGUAGUGUGUGGGCAACAAAAAAUGUUUUACAAGAUGGAAAGCAGUUGAACAAACGUCUAAGCUAAAGUGUUUUAGAUGACUUAGACUGUGCAGAAAUUGAUCCAAUUAAUUAAGUUUUGAGAAAUUAGUAUUUAACUAGAUAAAGGUUACAUGAGACUAGCUUAAAGUGUAGAGAUUGACAUUUGGUGAUAAGCCUCUGCUCCAUUUACUAUUGGACAUAAAAGCAAAAGCACUGUAACAUUGUGGGGGUACCUGGUGAAACCUAGUGCAGGGGGCCUAUGAGAAGGGUGCCUUGAGUCAGCACACAAGUAGUGCAUGAGUUUCAUUGGACCUCAGAAUGGGGUAUCCGUUAACAAAGUCACCAUUUUGAAAAAAAAUCUCUGAAGACCUUUCUAGCUGCCUGUCAGACCCACCCUGUGUCACCUCUUGUAGCCAGCAGUUUGGUCACCUCUGUGCCCUAAACCCUCUUCAUUACAACAUGAUUGUCCAUGCAAGGUGGUCCUUCACUGAUUGCUGGUGCCCACUGUUCUUAACUUGGUACUCCUAGAACCUCAGAAAUAAGAUGGUCAGAGCCCCAGAAGGUUGUUAUCAGUCCUGGAUAUUUACAAUCUCUCAAAGCCAGUUGAAACAUUGGACAUAAGUAGCAGUAUCUCAUGGGAUAGAGUUCUGGAGACUCAUCAAAAAUGCAAAUUCAAAUCAUAUUUUCUACUGUGAUGCAAUUUUCACUAUCUGAAUUUUAUUGCACUCAAUAAUUGAGGUUUCCAGGUGGUCAGAUAAGCCUUUGGAGCAAGAACCUUGCAGUCUAUUUAUAGUGUUCAGUGAAGGAAAGCUAGAAACAUGAGGUCUACCUCCGUUCUCUUUGAUCUUUCUAAAGAAAUUAAGGAACAUGCUUGUUAUGUGGUAGACUGGAGGUUUUGUUAGGGGGUGAAAAACAAUUUUCAUUUGGAAUCAGAAAAUUUAUGAAGUUUUGUUACUUAUUAAUUGCAACUUUCCACCUAUAGUAAGUGGCCAGUAAUAAGUUAGAAAGGACUGUGUGGUGCAUUGUGAUAUCGUCCUUUGAACUUUUCCCAAACUGAUAAAGUGACAAUGUCCUUUUCCUGUCUCUAGUGGUUUGAAGUGGAUGGCAUUGGUCACUCUGAGCCAAUUUCCACUUUCUCAGCAAUAAUUAACAUUAGAUUUCAAAUCACACGCUGUGAUAGAGAUAUAUAAAAUGAGAGUACAGCUAAGGGACAUUAUAAUAAUGGUCUAGAGGAAGCAUAAUUUUGCAUCUUAGUCAUGUCCUCAGAAUGCUUUGUGUUAAUACAAGGUGCAGAAAGUAGUAAAAUAUUCCACUGGCACUGACAUCCGUCACCUUGAAGAGCACAAGAAUGCCUCCACAUUAUACUGGAUAUUGCAAUGAACAUUUACAAAGAUUUAAAGUAUUGAGCUUAAGCAGCAAGCUACACAUCCAGCCUGGUUCAAAUUCUUGUUUAGAACUGCCAUUUCUCCAUCAUUUUGGAAGGAGAGGUGGAAAACGCUGAGCCAUAUUGGGUUUUUGUUAUCUGCGUACACAGGUGCUGUUGCUGCAGACUGUUACAGUUUUGAGAUUUCCGCAGCCAAUAGUUUGCAUUAAGCCCUGUGCCCACUGUUUGAGAUUUUACUGGGAUUGAUUGAUUUCACUUGUGUAUAUGUGAUAAUUGUAUUUGGUGAAAUGUAUACAAACUUCAGCAAA